GAGCUUGGGGGUUGAAAACUCCUGCUAAAUCUCUUAGCCGUCCACUGUGAACAUCUCACAUCGUAACCAUAUUUUCAUACCUUUUAAGAGACCAUCUACUCGAUAGAUAUGCACCCGCCCAACGUGAUCUUGUUCGGAGAGACAGGCGCUGGCAAAAGUUCAAUCAUAAACCUAAUUGCAGGUGACUCAAUCGCAAUGAUCUCCGGCGGAGCCAGCGGUUGUACGUUCCAAUACACUGCGUUCAAGGCAAACAUCCAUGGCCGCGACUUCAUGCUUUAUGAUACUGCAGGACUGGACGAGGGAGAGGAAGGAAAGGUGGCAAAGCAAGCUGCCAUAGUGCAGUUAUACCAGCUUGUCCAAGCCUUGUCCACCCAGGGCGGCGUCAGCCUCUUGAUUUUCUGCAUGCGUGGGCGGCUCAAGGAAGCAUCGCAGAAGAACUGGAGACUCUUCCACGAAGUGUUUUGUCGAGGGCAGGUUCCUAUCGUCGUCGCUAUCACUGCGCUAGAGAAUGAGAUUACGGCGAAUGAAAUGAGCGAUGGGCAGAUCAGUAAUAAGUUAGAGGAAUGGUGGAGGAACAACGAAAGCGCGUUUAGGGGUUACGGGAUGCACCCACAAGCGCAUGCUUGCAUUGUAUCAACGACAGGGAGGAGAAACGGAUAUGCCGAUGUCUACAACGUUUCCCAGCAAAAGAUGCGCGAUGUGAUACGGGAUUAUUACAGGAGGCCAUCUUGGAAUGUGGAGAGGCUUGAGUGGUUUACGUACGUUGUCCAUACCAUCGAUGGACAAUGUGGAAAGAAGACCAGACAAGUCACAAAGGAAAACGGUCCCAUUAUUCAAGAGUUAAGAGAGAAAUGCGGGAUGGGAGAUCAGGAAGCUCUGAAGCUUGCAGAACUGCUGAAUGAAGUAAAAUAGUCAUCGUUUCCUAUUUCUUACUUUCAUUAAAGUAUAACACACUUGUAGACUCCGCACGACGACUCCGAAGUGCAUCUGAAAUUACUAAAACUGCAACACGGAUAGUAUUUGUCAUUAAGAGAUACAAAACAUAUACAACGCACUCAACAUAGCAGUUAUCUUCUAAUCUCUAUAUGUUUACUUCGUUCUUUUAUAGAUUUUGUUCAGGAAGCUCCUGAACACCUCUCUCUUUACCACCGUUCCUUCAGGCGCACCGGCCUGCUCAUCCUCUGGGAUAGUGUCGAUUAAACUCGUAACUCGCUGGUACGCAUCCUCCUCGUACUUGCGAUACCGUUCACGCAAGUUAAUCUCCUCGUACAACGCUUUCACGCGUGCCUCCUUCUGUGAGUCCUUUUGCCCGUAGUUCUCAUCAAGCACCUUGCGUUGCUCAGGAGUCGCCACCGAGAGAGCAACGUUGAUACACCAUGAGCAUUUAUUAUCGAUGAUAUCAGUCCCGACUUUCCCAAUCUGCUCAGGCGUGCCAGAGUAAUCGAGGAAAUCAUCUUGGAUUUGGAAGUAUUCACCGAGAGGGAGGAGGAUAUCGAGCGCUAGCUUGUAGGGAGAGACGACCUUGCCAGAGUGGGUGUAAGAGGCAGGAACGUGGCACAUGUGCAUGGCGAGUGCGACAGGGAGAUAGAAGGAGUAAUAAGAAGUUUUGUAGCGGACGAUGGGGUAGAUCUGCAGAUAGCAGGUGGGGGACCCCCAGUUACAUUUGUUUUUACUUUACAAAGAGAACAAGUCUGCAUGUCAUCAUCUGAUGA